ACUCCAGGUCUCUGGAUUGAUGAGGGAGCAGAACAGGGAAGUCCUCACCAGAGAUCAGCCUCCUGGGGCAGCGCAGACCACCUUAAAGAGCAGAUUGCUAAACUGAGACUGCAGCUGCAGCGCAGCAAACAGGUCAGCCGGCAGAGCAAAGACAGAGAGCAGAGCUCACUGCAGCUGCCGCAACAGGCACAGCAUGGCACUGCAUGCCAACCUCAGUACAAGGGAACUUCAUCAGCCUUAUCGACAAUCCCGGUGCCAAAAUCCUUCAUAUCCAGAGUGCCGAGCAGCGUGGAAGGCAUCAGCCACGAGCUAGAAAAUGUGUUUAUCAGAGAAAACUGGGAGCAGGGGAUACAGGCCAUGGAUGCGGUGGAUGGCCGUCGCGCCCCCUUCCCUCCGCAUCGCUAUAGCAACAGCGGGGACACACGUGACACGGACACCCAGGCCCCCUCCAGCGGUGACUCCAGCCCGUCGCCCCGCCCCUGCAGCCCCGACCACCUCCACUCCCCCGAGGGAAGCCCCUGUUCUGCAGAGGACAUCGACAAAGACAGUGUGUGCAGUUCUCCUCUCCCAAAGUUUGCCACCUCCCCCAAACCUAACAACAGCUACAUGUUCAAGCGGGAACCUCCAGAGGGCUGCGAGAGGGUCAAAGUGUUCGAGGAGUUGGUGUCGGGCAAAUCAAAAGGCUUCCCUCUCUUCUCGUGCCCCGACAAGAACAAGGUGAACUUCAUCCCCAGGGGCUCCGCCUUCUGCCCCGUCAAACUCCUCUGCUCCUCCCUCUUCUCCCCCGUCUCCUCCUCCUCCUCCUCCUGCUCCUCCUCUGUCGUCGUCAACCCCAGCGGUCUCCACGGCAACGACAGCCCAGGGCCUCAGGUGACUUCGACUCUGCUGCCCACCGCCGCAUCCUCACCGCCUCUUCCUCCACUGCCGCCGUUGCCUCCUCCACCUCCUCCACCUCCAUCUUCCUUUCCGGGCUCCGCUGACUGCUGGAGCACCGACAGGAACACAGACAGCAGCCCUGACGGAGACGGGAUGGGGAAAGAAGCCUCCUCGGCACAAGUACUGCUCACCAGCUAGUCCUCAGGUAUAGAAACACGACCACGACCACGACCACGCCGAGCUCUGAAGUGUUUCAACGAGCCGGCUGGUGUUGGUUUUAAAACAAAAAUUGUAAAAAAAAAAAAGAAGAAAAAUGGAAAAAGAAAAAAAAAAAAGUCCUUGCACUCCGUUAAUCCUAACGUUAGCCAGCAGGGAGUGCCCAAGGUCUAGACAUGACACACUGGGGGAGGGGCAGUGGUACCAGUAAAGCUGCUGCUCGGUCCCAGUGUCUGUCCCACUGAACUCGGAUGAUUCAUCAAAGGAAACUUUUUUUUUUUUUUU